GACGAACACAGACAGAAAGUAGUGGAAAGCAGCAUUACUGUUGUCCCUUUGUUGACAAAUCCAUGAAACAACUUCAGUUUGCAUGGUUUAGCAGGGGACUUCUGACGUCACCCAAUCACGUGGCGGCACUGAUAGUAUAUCUUAAACUGAAAAAGUAAUCUAUCAGACAGUCCUUAAAACCGGCUUUAAAAGCAUAUGUCAUUUUGACUUCGCACUCUUAAACCACUCUUACUAGGAAAUAGCGAUCGAAGGACAUCGAGGCGUGAAGCGCACACACCAAAACCCUUAAGAAGACGACUAGGCUACUUGACUGGAGAAAUAUUUUCUGAAGUUUAAGUUUCUCUGGCAGGCCGGUCUGACCUGCAUUUAGAAUCCGGCGACAUCCGAUCUGACCGCAACGGACGGGCCGCGCGCGCACCCUCACCUAGAUCCCUGGUUGUUCUUCGGUAAAGUAAGCUGUGAUGACCCUGUCUGGUGGCAACAGUGCCAACGACAUGUCCGGUCAGACGGUGCUCACUGCCGAGGAUGUGGAUAUCGACGUGGUCGGCGAAGGCGAUGAGGGAAUGGAGCGAGACAGCGACUGCGACAGCCAGGGGGGCAUGCACGACCACUCGGAGGAGGUGGAGGAGAUAGAAGUGAAGGACAGGUCCGGGAGUCCCUGUGAGAGCGCCGGGGAGGGAGAGACCAAAGCGGACGGCACUGAGAGCGCGUCGGGUGCCAUGAGCAGCAAGCCGAAAAACAGUCUAGUGAAGCCCCCCUACUCCUACAUCGCGCUCAUCACCAUGUCGAUACUCCAGAGCCCGCAGAAGAAACUCACACUCAGCGGGAUCUGCGAGUUUAUCAGCAGCCGGUUCCCGUAUUACCGGGAGAAGUUUCCAGCCUGGCAGAACUCUAUCCGCCACAACCUGUCGCUGAACGACUGCUUCGUGAAAAUCCCCCGGGAGCCGGGCAACCCUGGUAAGGGCAACUACUGGACCCUGGACCCACAAUCGGAAGAUAUGUUUGACAACGGAAGCUUCCUCAGGAGAAGGAAACGAUUCAAGAGGCACCAGCCAGACAUUCUCAGGGACCAGACAGCCCUCAUGAUGCAAAGUUUUGGGGCUUACAGUAUUGGGAAUCCUUACGGACGUCACUAUGGAAUUCACCCAGCCUACACCCAUCCAGCGGGGAUGUACCCUUACAUGCACCCAGUAGGUCCCAUGCUACCCCCGACUGUCCCUCUCUUGUCCUCCGCUGAGCUGAACAGAAAAGCCUUCAACUCUCAGCUCAGCCCCAGCCUACAGAUGCAGCUGAACAGUCUGAGCACCGCGUCUAUGAUCAAGUCCGAGCCCUCCAGUAGACCGUCUUUCAGUAUAGAAAACAUCAUCGGGGUAUCCACUUCCUCGAGUGCACAGACUUUCAUGCGGCCUCCGGUGACUGUUCAGUCUGCGUUGUUGAGCGCACAUGGCCUAACCAGGACAACAGCAGCUAUUGCACCAAUUCUUAGCAUGCCAUCUAAUAUCAUGUCGGGACAGUUUUUACCCUCAGUAACGGCAGUGUCCAAAUGGCCUCAAUAGUCUCAAUAAAAUACUCACUUUUCUAGAGACUUGGGGGGGAGACUGUACAGCACGAAAUAGGCAUGCAGCGCUGGAAGGUGUCCACCAAUCUGUAGCCAUGUAAAGACUAAACAAAGAGACAACAGCAAAGGAAUGCUAUCUGUACAGGUAAUAUUUGUACAUAUUUGUAAAAAUAAAUACUUUUACUUGUUUGACUUUUACUUAUUUUAUUUCGUUGUUUGAACUGUACAACAAUUGUAGUUAUAGACGAGCUUUCCUGAUAUUAUUUUAUAUUUGAUUUUGUAACUGGUAGCUAGCUCACUGUUAGUUUAAAAUAAUCAACACUUUUGCUUUGAUUUUUCAUACAUGAUACAACAUGUUCUUAUUCUAAGUCUGGACAAAUGGUCUGUUAAUAAAUUGAAAUAUAUGUAUUCUAUGUAUCUCUAUUGUGUUGUAAACUGGAAUCAUUUGUUAAUAAAUCUAAAGAAAGAAGCAUUA